AUGUCGUACAUACCCGCUGGACGACCUGAGGGAGGGCUUCGUGAUAUCUGGGUCUCUGGCAAGGUCGGCGAUUCGCGUGCAAGAUGCUUGGCAACAUCACUGCAUCAGAAAGGGCACGAGGUGACCCUGAUUGGUGUCAAGAAGGCCAGCGAGGCUCCGAUCGCUUCCUGGGGAGAGGUCGUCACAGAACAGCCGAGAAAGAGCAUCCGCCAGCAGGCCAGUUCUUAUUUCCACAGGAAGACAGUGCUCUGGACCAUAGCCUUUCGCAUCCGUGUGCCAAACUCCGUGUGUCACGUUGAGGUUCUGCAUUUUCUGACUAAAGCAAGGCAAUCAAGAAACCUUGACUGUCGCUGA